AUGUCUAGGACAACGUCCUCAAAGUUAGAGUUUAAAAAAACCAAAACAGUUCAACCUUACAGGAUAGAUAAUGAAGCAAAAGUUAAACAUAUUACUUAUCUACUUAUAAAGUGGAUUAUUUGUAAUCAACAGCCCUUUAUAGUCGUUGAAGAUCCUAGUUUUGUCAAACUUAUUGAAGAACUUGAAGAACUAUAUCGAUUACUAUCUCGACAAACUAUAUCUAAUCAGAUCGAGACAAUUUAUCAAAAUCAAAAAUUGUUAUUAAAAAUUUUUUAA